AUGUAUUCUCAUCGAGAUCCCAGCAUCCGCAAAAGUGGAUAUGCCAAUAUUUUCAUUAAGAACCUGGAUGUAUCCAUUGAUAACAAGGCAUUGCAAGAGACUUUUGCUGCCUUUGGGAAUGUACUUUCUUGCAAAGUCGCUGUCGACAGCACUGGUCGGUCAAAAGGAUAUGGAUUUGUGCAGUAUGAAAAUGAGGAAGCUGCGAAAAAUGCGAUUCAACUGUUGAAUGGCAUGCUGUUAAAUGAUAAAAAAGUUUAUGUUGGUCUUUUUGUUCGACGCCAACAGAGGGAACAGAAAAGUGUUCCACCUAAGUUCACUAAUGUUUAUGUUAACAAUUUGUCUGAAAUGACAACUGAUGAGGACCUUAAGAAAGUUUUUGGCCAUUAUGGUACCAUCACUAGUGCACUAGUUAUGAAGGACUCAAACGGAAAGUCUAGAUGUUUUGGUUUUGUAAAUUUCCAGACUGCAGAUUCUGCUGCUGCUGCAGUGGAGAAGUUGAAUGGGACUGCUGAUGGUGACAAGGUUUGGUAUGUGGGCAGAGCGCAAAAGAGAUCUGAGAGGGAGGCAGAGUUGAAAGCUAAAUUUGAACAGGAAAGAAUCAGUAGAUACGAAAAAUGGAGAGCUGCUAAUUUAUAUCUGAAAAAUCUGGAUGACAGCAUAAACGAUGAAAAACUUAAGGAAUUAUUUUCUGAAUAUGGAACUAUAAGGUCGUGCAAGGUCUUGCUUGAUUCGAAUGGGAUGAGCAAAGGCUCUGGUUUUGUUGCCUUUUCUUCACCCGAGGAAGCCACAAGAGCUUUGAAUGAGAUGCAUGGGAAGAUGAUUGGGCAGAAACCUCUCUAUGUGGCUGUGGCCCAACGCAAAGAUGAAAGAAAGGCUUGGAUGCAGGCACAUUUUGCUCAAAUCCGAGCACCUGGUGCAGUGUCACCUCUGCCUUCAGGAAUUCCUGGUUAUCAUCCUGGGGCACCUAGGCUUGGUCCUCGGCCGCUAUACUAUGGUCAGGGUACUCCUGGUUUAAUGCCCCAGCCUGCAGGGUACAGUUUUCAGCAACAAAUUUAUGCUGGAAUGCGUCCUGGUGGACCAAAUUAUAUAAUGCCAUAUCAUCUUCCAAGACAAGGACAACCAGGGCAGCGAAUGGGGGGCAUGAGACGAAGUGGAAACCCCUAA